CGUGUGUGUGUGUGUGUGUGUGUGUGUGUGUGUGCGCACACACACACUGCUAGUACAGUUAAGGCAGCUUUUGCUUUUACCACAUGUAACUAUGAUAUAGCACUAAUCCAUGAUCUAGAGAACAAUGUAAUAACUAUCUCCUUGUUUUGAAGGAGAACAUGGAAACAUCACUAGUUUUGCUUUCUCACUUAAACAUGUGUGAAUCAAAAGAAAAAAAUUUCUUCAAGAUAAUGCACGGCACAGGAAAAGAAGAAACAAGCAAAGAACCUAAAAUCAGAGCUAAGGAAAAAAGAAACAGACUAAGUCUUCUUGUGCAGAAGCCUGAGUUACAUGAAGAGACACACUGCAGUAGAUCUGGGCCCUUGGCCAAGGACAUAAGUGUUCUUCCUGAAGAGGCAGCGAAAUGGGGUGAAUCACUUGACAAACUACUUUCCCAUAGAGAUGGACUGGAUGCUUUUACCAAAUUUCUUAAAACCGAAUUCAGUGAGGAAAAUAUUGAAUUUUGGAUAGCCUGCGAAGAAUUCAAGAAAAGCAAGGAACCUCAACAAAUUAUCCUUAAAGCAAAAGCAAUAUAUGAGAAAUUUAUACAGACUGAUGCUCCACAAGAGGUGAAUCUUGAUUUUCACACCAAAGAAGUCAUUGCUAAGAGCAUCACCCGUCCCACACUUCACAGUUUCGAUGCUGCACAAAGCAGAGUGUAUCAGCUCAUGGAACAAGACAGUUACACCCGUUUUCUGAAAUCUGACAUCUAUUUAGACUUGAUAGAAGGAAGACCUAAGAGACCAACAAAUCUUAGGAGACGGUCGCGCUCAUUUACCUAUAAUGAAUUCCAAGAUGUAAAAUCAGAUGUUGCCAUUUGGUUAUAAGUAAAGUUGAUUUUGCUCAUUUGGAUGGUAAACUUGUACAUCUUCUGUGAUGUAGCACGUUUAUGUUAAGAAAUGAUUACAUUUUUAAAAGUGAAAUAUAACAUACAAAAUGAUUUAAAAAUGUAAA